CCCCUCCACCCGCGGCGCUUCCGCCCGGCGCGGGACCCGCGCGCGAAACGCCCGGAGCCUUGACCCCGGCGUGACCCCGCGCUGACCCCACCGCGACCCCGACCCCGCGCAUGGAGGGGGAGGGGGAGGGGGCGUCCGCGCCCCCCGGCGCUGCCGCCCCCGCGGCUCUGGCCUUCCUGCCGGACGGAUCCGCGGUGCCGCUGGCGCUGGAGCCGCCGCCGGGGCCCACGGCCGGGGAGCUGCUGCGCCGCCUGCAGGGGGCGCUACGCCUCCCCCCCAGCGCCAGCGAGGCGCUCGCGCUCUGGUUGGGCUCCCCGCUGCUGGAGGUGCAGCUGAAGCCGCGGCACCGGCCCCUCCGCCUGGUCCGGCAAUGGCCGGAGCUGCUGCUGCGUUUCAGCCUCGGCUCCCACUCGGACAUUGCCCAGGACGAGCCCUGCCUGCAGCUGCGCAGAAACGUCUUCUUCCCCAAGAGCAAGGAGCUGGAGCUGGAGGAGGAGGAGCUGCUGCGGCUGCUGUACGAGGAGGCCCGGGGGAACGUGCUGGGGGGGCGCUACCCCGUGGACCCCCCCGACGGGGAGGAGCUGGGGGCCCUGGUCUGCCGCCUGCGCCUGGGGCCCUUCCAGCACGGCCAGCACACGGCCCACAGCCUGCGGCCGCUGCUGGGGGAGCUGCUGCCGCCACCCCCGGGGCGGGGGGGGCUUUGGGGGGCCCUGCGCCGGCGAGGCCCCCGCCCACCCCCCCCCGAGGAGGGGCUGCUCCAGGCCUUCGCCCGCACCCCCGGCCCCCAGGCCCCCCCCGCCGCCCUCUACCGCGCCUUCCUGCGCCGCUGCCACCCCCUGCCUUACUACGGGUGUGCCUUCUUCCCGGGGGCCAUUGACCGCCCCCCUGGGGGGCUGCUGGGCCGGGGGGGGCUGCGGCCUGUCAGCGUCGCCGUGGGGCUGGAUGGCGUCACCAUCAUCGACCCCCGGGAGAAGCAUGUGCUGCUGACGCUGACCUUCCCCGAGCUGUGCUGGGAGCUGGUGGGCGCCGUGGGGCAGGAGGGGGACGCCGUGGGGCAGGAGGGGGACGCCGUUGGGCCCCCCCAGCUGUGGCUGGAGUUCGACGGUGACCACGAGGGUGCCCCCGUCAACCGCCUGCUGCGGGUGUUCUCCCCCCAGGCAGAGCUAAUGAGCGCCCUCAUCGAAUGCUGCAUCGAGCUGGGGGGGGCGGCCCCGCCCCCUCAGGCCCCGCCCCCUCAGACCCCGCCCCCGUCUGAGACCCCGCCCCCCUCCGAGACCCCUCCGCGGGGCGCCCCCUUGCGGCGGCAGGAGAGCGUCACCCGCCCCCGCCUGCAGCGCUUGGCCACCAUCGACUACGUGCAGGAGGGGCAGGAGCUGCGGCGGGUGAAGCCCCCCCGGCGCUCGGGGUCCUUCUUCGGGCGGGGUGGGGGGUCCUACAGCCCCGUGUCAGGGGGGGCCGGGCUGGAGCAGGGCUGAGCCCCCCCCCUCCAGCACAGACUGGGAGCACUGGGACACCCACCCACCCACCCCCCCUCCAGCAAUGGACACAGCCCCCCCAAGGGACCCGGGUGUCUGGGACCCCCCCACACACACUUUGUACCGACCCCCCCACGCACACACACUAAUAAAUGUCACUGUCACCCACACCCACCCCACCCCCCCGGGUUUGGGGCCGAUUCAGGGCGGUUUGGGGCAGGUCGGGUGGUUUGGGGUGAAUACGGGGUGAUUUGGGACAGGUCAGGGCUGGUUUGGGACAAAUUUGGGGCAGUUUGGGGCUAAUUCAGGGAGAUUCAGGAUGACCAGGGUAUUUUGGGGGCUAAUUCAGAGUAGUUUGGGGCUAAUUCAGGGAGAUUCAGGAUGACCAGGGUAUUUUUGGGGCUAAUUCAGAGUAGUUUGGGGCUAAUUCAGGGAAAUUCAGGAUGACCAGGGCAUUUUUGGGGCUAAUUCAGGGCAUUUUGGGGCUAAUUGGGCAGCGUUGCCAAAUGGUGGCUCCAUGUGGCAGCGGCCAUUUUAGGGCUGGGGACAUGGGGGGGGGCACGGGGACGCACACGCGUGUGCAUGUCACAGGGGCUCGUGUUUCACGGGGACACACAUGUGUGCGUGACGCAGGGCCUCGUGUUUCCUGGGGGGCACACACGUGUGUGUGUGUCACGGGGCCUUGUGUUUCACAAGGGGGCACAUGUGUGUGCAUAACACAGGGCCUCGUGUUUCACGGGGGGCCCUCCCUUCGUUAGCACUAACGAGCGAGCACCUCGAUGCCGCACACACCUUGCACACCCCGCGGCCUCCUUUGGGGCAAAUCCAGACAGUUUUGGGUCACCGCUCUCCUUCUCCCGUUCUGCCUUCAUGGGUCGCGCCCUGGGCACACCCCACCCCCCCCAAAAUUCAACUAUUUUGCUAUUUAACCCUAUUUUUUUCCCUCACCCCCUCCCCCCCCCAGCUGGGAGCUAUUUUUAACCAACUUCACAGCAUUUCGUUACAAAUAAAACCCCAGCACACCCACUGCUCUGCAGCAAAACUGCCUCAGCCCCAAAUUACUGGUUAUUUUAAGGGAGAAUCGUGAUUUGGAGGACUAUUUUCUUCCCCCUCCCCGCGGAAGCAGCAGCAGCGGCGGUGACGUGAAUCUGCGCUAUAAGGGACGCGUGCGGGGCGGGAGCUGCUGCGGUUUGGGGAAAAAGCUCUUAAAGCUGCUUUAUUUUCCGCAAAGAAGCUUUUAGAGCUGCUGCGUUUUUGGGGAAAAGCUCCUUGAGCUGCUUUAUUUAUUUAUUUAUUUUUUAAAAAAAAGCUCUUAAAGCUGCUUUAUUCCUGAAAAAAAGCUCCUAGAGCCGCUUUAUUUCUUAAAAAAAGCUCGCGAAGCUGCUGUAUUUUUGGAAAAAAGCUCUUAAAGCUGCUGUAUUUCUGCAAAAAAGCUUGCGCAGCUUCUUUAUUUCUGGAAAAAAGCUCUUGGAGCUGCUGUAUUUUUGAGAAAGCUCUUAAAGCUGUAUUAUUUUUAAAAAAAAAAGCUGGCGAAGCUGCUGUAUUUCUGGAAAAAAAAAUCUGAAAGCUGUUUCCUUUAAAGGAAAAGAAAAAACGCUCUUAAAGCUGUGUUUUCUUUUCUCAAAUUCUUCAAAUAUGGCGAUUCCAUCGCUUGGAAAAGCCAGAGCGAGCUAGAGCACUUUUUUCAUGGGAACAAAACUCUCAAAGCUGCUUUAUUUUUUUUAAAAAAAGCUCUUAAAGCUGUUUUCUUGUUAAAAACUGAAGCUCUUAAGGCUGUUUUAAGAAAAAGAAGCUCUCGAAGCUGGGUUGUUUUUUUUUUUAAUUCUUAAAGAAUUGUAAUUUGAUAGUUUGGAAAAGCCGGAGCAAACCAGGGCAAUUUUUAAUGAAAGAAAGCUUUCAAAGCUGCUUUACUUUAAAGAAAAAAAAAAGCAAACCCCGCUCUUAAAGCUGUUUUCUUUUAAAAAAGCUCCUAAAGCUGUUUUAAUUUUUGUCAAAAGCUCCUAAAGCUGUUUUAAUUUUUGAAAAAAAAUCUCUUAAAGUUGUUUUAAUUUUUGUGAAAAGCUCCUAAAGCUGCUUUCUUGGAGGAAAAGCUGUUACGGGCUUUUUCCUCAUCUCUCCUAAGCGGGAGCGCAGGCGGGGUGCGGGUGUUCCGGGAGAGUUUGGGGUGAAAUGCGGCAUUUUAAGACAAGACAGAAGAUGGCUGGCAAAGGAAGAUGGCUUAAGAGAGGAGAUAAUUGGGGGAAAAAAGGAAAAAUCAAGAGCGAAGAUAAACCUUGGCAGGGAGCAAGAUGAACGGCUUGAAGAGAGAAAUCAGGGAGGUUUCUUUUUUUUUUUUUUUUUUUUUCCUCCAGCCAGGGCUGCUGGGGGAAAAAAAGGACUUUUUGGUAAAGGGCCUCGGCCAGGAUGGAGGUGCUGGGCAGGGCAACCGCGAGGAAGAGGAGGAAGAAGUGAGAAAA